AUGCGCUGUCCCAAGUGCCUUCUCUGCCUGUCAGCACUGCUCACACUCCUGGGCCUCAAAGUGUACAUCGAGUGGACAUCUGAGUCUCGGCUUAGUAAGGCCUAUCCAGGAUCCCGGGGCACCCUGCCAGGCCCCACGCCAGCCAACCCUGAGCCCACCCUGCCUGCCAACCUCUCAGUGCGCCUGGGCCAGACUGGCCCACUGCCCUCAGCUUACUGGAACCAGCAGCAGUGGAGGCUAGUGGCCCUGCCCAGUGGGGAUAGCGUUGAGGCAGGGGGCUGCCAGGCCUGGGGGGCUGCUGCCGCUGCAGAAAUCCCUGACUUUACCUCCUACCCUGAGGACCUCCGCCGCUUCUUGCUGUCAGCAGCCUGUCGGAGCUUCCCGCAGUGGCUGCCUGGAGGAGGAGGCAGCCAAGUGGCCAGCUGCUCGGAUACUGAUGUCCCCUACCUACUGUUGGCUGUCAAGUCAGAACCUGGGCGCUUUGCAGAACGACAGGCUGUGAGGGAGACGUGGGGCAGUCCAGCCCCUGGGAUCCGGCUGCUCUUCCUGCUGGGGUCCCCGGCAGGUGAUGGGGGGCCUGACCUAGGCUCACUGGUGGCCUGGGAGAGCCGUCGCUACAGUGACCUACUGCUCUGGGACUUCCUUGAUGUUCCCUUCAACCAGACGCUCAAAGACCUGCUGCUGCUGGCCUGGCUGGGCCGCCACUGCCCCAACGUGAAUUUUGUUCUGCAAGCUCAGGACAAUGCCUUUGUGCACACCUCUGCCCUGCUGGAUCACCUGCAGGCCCUGCCACCCACCUGGGCUCGAAGCCUUUACCUGGGUGAAGUCUUCACCCAGGCCAAACCCCUCCGGAAGCCUGGAGGACCCUUUUAUGUGCCUGGGUCCUUCUUCGAAGGUGGCUACCCGGCCUAUGCAAGUGGAGGUGGCUAUGUCAUCGCGGGGCGCCUGGCACCCUGGCUACUGCGGGCGGCAGCCCGUGUGGCACCCUUCCCCUUUGAUGAUGUCUACACUGGCCUUUGCUUCCGUGCUCUGGGCCUGGUGCCCCGGGCCCACCCAGGCUUCCUCACAGCCUGGCCAGCAGACCGCACCACCGAUCCCUGCACUCUCCGCAACCUGCUGUUGGUACGGCCCCUCAGCCCUCAGGACAGCAUUUGGCUCUGGAAACAACUACAAGAUCCACAGCUCCAGUGCUGA